AUGACUUCUGAUCAGCUGCACGCUAAUCAUGAGAAUGGCAUUGGGCCAGCCUCCCAAGAUUCGAUUUGCGAGUCUAAGGUCUAUCACCAUACCAAGAACAAAGAGGGCAGAGAUCAAUGCAAAGAACAGGUUCAGGACUCUGAGCCAACUAAGAACUCCGAGGAUGACGAGGACAGCCCGUAUGCCUUGAUUGUCAGAAGACGAUUCUCAGAGAAGCGAGAAGUCGAGUCAACCACAGUAUGCGUCAACUCGCCACUGAUUCAUAAAGCAUUCCAAGAUGUCAUCGGCUCUUAUCCAACGGUUGCAUCAGACUUCAAGACCUCUUUCAAACUUGAGAGCCCAUUUCAGAUCCUUCUGCACUACUGGGAUCCACUCGAAGCCUAUAGAGAUGAUGCCGAUUCACCUCGAAUGCGGCAACAUCUCAACUUACUCUUUCGCUUCAUGGAAGAGGAGAUGGGCCCCGAGAGACGCACCCUCCAGCAUAUGCUCCAGAAACAGAUGAUCACCUUCAAGCAGGCAUGGGUUAUCUACCGUCCUGGAGACCUUGUUGUCAGCGAAGUGCUGGGAAAGUCAUGGUUAUCACGUGUGGAGAAGGUGUCUUAUGGGACAAGCCGAAACCGUGGACCAUAUGUGACGAUUCAUAUGAAAUACUGCGACGCCAAUGAUGAUGCAAUUGGGGAAGCCCAAAGAUCUACGAACAUCUUCCAGAGCGAUCACUUUGCGUCAGACCAUCCAGCAAAGAUCAAGCGACUUCCAGUAUAUCCAAGAAAAUUCAGUGAUCGUGGACCAGAUCUAGAAAUCGAACUUCUUGAACGAGGCAAAAAGUUCAUCACCAAUCGCGGGAUCUUGACAAAAGACUAUGAUGGUAUCGCAGAGUGGCUAAAAGAGCCUCCGCUUGACUUUUUUGACCCUAAUAUGGCAGACUAUCCGCCCAUCUGGCUACCAUUCACGGAAACCGGACGUGUCGUACUUGAUCGCAAGACCUUCGAAGAAGACAACUAUAGCCACGUUACCAUGAUUGAAGAGGUUGAUGAUCCGGAACUUUUCCUCUGUCCGCCAUAUGCACUGGGGUACUCCACCGGGCGAAAGGAGUGGUGUCGCUAUCUAGUUGAUAAUCUGAGGGAUGUGACAUGGAAAGAGAACGCAUGGUCCUCGCUCAUUCUUGACCAGGAACAAAAGCAGGUAUUGAAAGCUCUGGUCAUGUCACACAAACACCCAGAGAGAGUCAGGAGCCUGUCAGAACAGAAGGGUAAAGGAUUGGUGGUUCUUCUGCAUGGCACCCCUGGUUCCGGUAAGACGCUCUCUGCGGAAACAGCAGCCGAGAUGUCAAAGAAGGCUCUUUUGUCUACAAGCAUGAGUGAGCUAAACAGAUAUGAUAGAGCAUACGCCUUUGAGUACAGGCUCAAACAGAUUCUACAAUACGCCACAACCUGGAACGCGAUAAUCCUAUUUGACGAAGCAGACGUUUUCCUCGAGAGCCGAGAUAUGACUUCCAACAGCACCACGCGCAGUGCCCUCGUGGCUGUAUUCCUCAAACACCUCGAAUAUUUCUCAGGUAUUGUUUUUCUAACAACAAACCGCCUCGGCAGUAUAGAUGCUGCGAUGAAGUCCCGAAUCCACCUGUCGCUUUCAUUCGGUCCUCCCGAGGCAGACGUUCGCCGCCAGAUCUGGAAACAGAACCUUGAAGCUGUCCCCAUUGAUGAGACUGAGAUUGGUGGGAAGGAAUCGAGUGGUCGGGCAGCUGACGACCUGAUACAUCAUAAGCUUAACGGACGUGAGAUUUCUAAUGCUCUCAACACGGCGAGGACUCUUGCAAGAUUUGAGGAGGUCAAGUUGAGUUUACAACAUAUUGAGACGGUACUCAAAGUUGGACAGACAUUCGGGAAGCAUAUAGGAGCUUAG